AUGGCGACACCGCAGACUCCCGCCUCGCUGUCCAAUCUCGAUACGCUCUUCGAUAAUCCGGUCUUUGCAGGCGGCAUCGGUCUUGCCUCUAUAGGCGCUGUCGCUGCCUUUGCUCGCAAAGGUGCUAUUGUGGCUUUUGGGGCUGCUCGGCGACGACUCCUCGUGAACGUGGAGAUAGGCAAACAAGAUCCUGCGUAUCCUUGGAUACUCGCUUGGUUGUCCCAGCCCCGUGAGGCUGCCGGCUUCAUCGCAUCCCGCAUCACCCGAAUUCAUAAUUUAUCGGUCACGACGAUUACGACGCAUACUAAAGGUACUGGUGCUAGGGGACCCGUCAAUGCUAGCUUUUUUCUCCAGCCGGGCUAUGGGCGACAUGUGGUCAAAUUUGGCAAUGCAUUUAUUGCAGUUAACCGGGAAAAGCAUAGCACUGCCAAUAUGAAUACCGGAGAACCGCACGAAAUAAUUCAGCUUACCACGCUUUGGGCGUAUCGUCACACUUUCGAGGGGAUAUUCGCAGAGGCUCAUAGCUUGGCUGCAAAAGCAAACGAGGGGAAAACUGUGGUGUAUUCGGCCCGAGGUAUGGAAUGGGCUCCUUUGGGGGAUCCCAGGAGAAAAAGGCCGCUUGGCUCUGUCAUCUUGGAUGACGGGGUCAAAGAAAGCAUUGUUGCCGACGUCAAGGACUUCCUCUCGCGCCAGGAAUGGUACGUAGAACGUGGAAUCCCGUACAGGCGAGGCUAUCUCCUGUAUGGUCCACCGGGAAGUGGGAAGAGCUCAUUCAUACAGGCUCUGGCGGGUGAGCUUGAUUUUGGUGUGGCUACUAUCAACCUCAGCGAAAUGGGUAUGACCGAUGACAAAUUGGCGUAUUUGUUGACAAAGCUGCCCAAGAGGUGCUUCUUGCUCCUGGAAGAUGCUGAUGCUGCAUUCGUGAACCGUCGGCAGCGUGAUGCUGAUGGGUAUAAUGGUGCAAGCGUCACCUUCUCCGGCCUACUAAAUGCACUAGAUGGAGUUGCGGCAGGCGAGGAGCGGAUAGCCUUUCUUACUACAAACCACAUUGAGCGACUUGACCCUGCACUGAUCCGGCCUGGUCGUGUAGAUAUGAUGCUGAGGAUUGGAGAAGCGACAAAAUGGCAAGCUGGGCAGAUGUGGGAUCGUUUCUAUGGCGAUAAGGACACCAGCGGCUCCUGGAAAGAGGACUUUCUAUGUCGUUUGGAUGAGUUGGGACUCUUCGGGAGGAACCGCGAUGGCACUCCUUCUAACCGACACACCAGUGCGGCAGCAAUCCAGGGACUGUUCUUGUUCAACAAAAACGACAUGCAAGGAGCUAUCGAUAUGGCCGAAGGGUUGAUUCCUCGAAACUUUGAAGAAGACAGGGCUCCUGUGCAACACACAAAUGAUCUGACUACUUUAUAA